ACGGACGAGAGAGAGAGUUAGUUAGUGACUAGACUCGGACAAGGAAGGACGUGCGCGCGUGCAGACCAGAGGGAGGAUCUGGUUGAAAGAGGGGAACGGGUGGUAGGUUUAAAUCUCGUCCCUGACCCCCUUUCUAAGAGAUCUAAGAGUCUAUUAAUUCCUUUUGGUACGCGGGUAAAAUUCUGACUGAAGAAAGUUUACAAAGGUAGCUGAAUCAAAUUCAGGAUCUUGCCUUGGAGCGUCUUGGGAUCGAACCCGAACAUUUUCCUGAAGUGGCGGAGGAUCCACAGGCUGAAAUUUCACACAGUUCAGUGCUUAAAAAUACGUAGUUUUUACUUAUUAACAUGGAUUUGCCAGAAUUACUGCUCUACGUCACGUUAACCCUGAGCUUAAUGACCCAAACAAAUGGUCAAACAUCGUGUGAAACUCCAAACGGAAACAGAGGAGAAUGUAUAUCAAUCCACGACUGCCCUGCCCUUCUUCGUCUACUACUAAAUUCAAUGAUCACCCCAGAUACAAUAAAAGAUCUUAGGAAACUGCAAUGCAGCAGUGGACCCAACGAGAGUUCCUUUGUUUGUUGCGAGCAAAGUAAAGUUCCGAUGAGUUUGGAAGUGCUUCCGAACCAAAUUGUAACGCCCAGCAGCAAUCAAGGAAAUAGAAUAUCCAACCGUUGCGCAUUUCAAUUACCUAUACAGGAUAUAUUAGGAGGAACCGCAUCACCUAUAUAUGAAUCUCCUUGGAUGGCUCUUCUGGAAUAUGAGCAGAAGAACGGCACCUGGAUUCAUGCAUGCGGAGGGUUUUUGAUCAGUCCCAGAUAUGUUGUUACAGCAGCCCACUGCGUUAUAGGUAGGAAAGUAAAAAAAAUAGGAAAAUUGGUCAAUAUUCGGAUUCGUGAGUACAAUACUUUAACCGAUCCGGAUUGCGUUAAUGAGGGUUCUAAGGAGAUCUGCAACGAUCCGGUGAUGAAUUUCGGCUUUGAAGAAAUUAUUCCACAUGAGGAUUAUAUUCCGGACAAUCCGUUCAAUGCACAAAACGACAUUGCACUCAUACGUUUGACGGGGAAUAUUGAAGAAGUGAUUCCUAUCUGCUUGGCACCACCUGAUUUUACUGGAACACCAGUCGGAAGUAAUGUCAUAGUUGCUGGCUGGGGCCGAACCUUAGAUCAAAAACGUAGUACUGUUAAAAUGCAAGUAAGCAUCCCAAUUGUUAGUUUUGAACGAUGCCUUGCAGAGUAUGCAGGAAAAACAAAUCUUUCAAAAGACUUGCAAAUCUGUGCUGGAGCUGAAUUCUUAAAGGAUUCUUGUGUUGGGGACUCGGGAGGGCCCCUAAUGACAAGACUUAAAUUUGGCUGGGUUGCUGAAGGUAUUGUUUCCUUUGGAAUAGGUUGUGGAUCAGAAAUCUCUUCAGUCUAUACAAAAGUGUCUGCAUAUGUUCCAUGGAUUCUUAGCAAUAUGAAACCCUAAAGCGGUCUUCACACUAAAGGUUUAACCCAAUUCCGGAAAGCCAGCAACCGUUUUUAUUAGUUUUUCAGAAUGUGAAGAAAGUUUCUCAGAAUAUAACAAGUCAUUAAUCUUUAAUAAUUCAAUUCUAAGGUUUUUUUUAUUUUAAUUUUAAUUGAUAAGAAGUUUGAGCUGCUAAGCCGUAUGGUUAAGCCAGGGGCCCAUCAAGCCUAUUAAAAAGUGAAGCAAUUUUUCACUUUUCCUUAUAAAAAUGUUGCAGAUAUUGCACCGCGACUUAACCCUUUAAGGACGAGAAGGUUUAAAAUCGAGGGUGAGAAAAAAUCGGUUUUUCUGACUUCUUAGAGCAAAACAUAGCUUUAGAAGGCCGUAGGAAAAAUUUUAUUUUUGGGUCACCGGUGACCCAAUCGUCCUUAAAGGGUUAAAACAAAUUUUCUCGUAGUUCUUAUAUUAUUUCGGCGAAUAUUAUGAAAUAUGUAUUUUUAGAUAGUUUGUGAUGCACGAUUUCGAAAUAUAUCAGACUUAAAAGUCAAUUCUUUUUAGGAACAUAUUUGCCAAUAAUGUUCAGUGCCUCUAUGCAAAAA